GACAUUCGUUUGCAGACCCCAGCCAGGGGGAUUUCGUCUCCCUCUCGACAGCCACCAAAUUUAUCAACCCUUUCUUGCAUUUACGGCUAGGAGCUUAUGACCUAGCCAGAUUCGCAAAAGAGAAUUCCCAGACGAAACCAAAUGACAGCGAGUAUAACACCAUAUUACUCCCUGAAACUAAACCUUCGUAUCAAAGCAGUAUCAUCUCUGUUCAUAAUCACUGGAGCAGCAUCUAAGAGAACUAUGGUUACCACCACUUCGAAUACAGCAGAUUCUUACACAACAAUCAGUGAGAGAAUCUCUGUAGAAAAAGAAAUCAAGAAAAGCAGAUUCAUUGCCAUUGCUGCUCCCGUCUCAGACGAACAAUCAGCUCAUUCAUUUCUAUCCGAGGUUAAAGAUUCACGCGCCAAUCAUAAUUGUUGGGCGUAUAAGAUAGGAGAUCAAUAUCGAAGUAAUGACGAUGGUGAACCCUCAGGUACAGCUGGGAAACCAAUAUAUUCAGCGAUUGAUUCAUCAGGAAUUGAUAGGGUCAUGGUUGUUGUUAUCAGGUACUUUGGAGGUAUAAAAUUGGGAACAGGAGGAUUGGUAAGGGCUUAUGGAGGAGUCACUUCCGAAUGCUUGAAAAAUGCCCCAACUUGUCUUGUAAAAUCCAAAGUUCAAAUUGAUAUGGAAGUUCCUUACGAUCUAUUAGGACUUGUAUACCAUCAGCUUCAACAUUUUCAAGUUGAAAAUAUCAAGCAGGACUAUGAUACUGGAAAUGACGGUAUCACCGUUGUUAGUUUCAUGGUUGAUUAUGACAAAGUGGAGAGCUUGGAGAAUGCAGUCAAAGACAAUUGCAGCAGGAAUAUUGUCUUCCUAAAAACACUACAGCAAAACUAGUAUGAUUCCAUACUCCCAAGAUUUUUUUUCCUUAAAAGAUUUGAUGCUCUACUAUAUAAUUUGUUACUAUUGCAAAACUACCUUUUGUUAGAUAUGUAUAUGUUGUACAUACACUUAUGUGCUCUCAAUGAAAUUGAUAUCUGCUGAUUAGUAUAGAUUUAUCUCAGGUUUGAAUCAUCGUAAA